AUUAUCCAUUUUGUUGAAAAGUCAUGUCUGGUUUUCGCCUGCCACUAUUGUUUCAUCUUCUUCUUCCUCUUACUCUCUUUCUACAAUAUGUACAAAGUCUUCCUCAGAAUAGCUCAACUGUUGAGUUUCUUCCUGGUUUUGAUGGCCCUCUUCCUUUUUAUCUUGAGACUGGAUAUAUUGGAGUUGGCAAAUCCGAGGAAGUGCAACUAUUCUAUUACUUUGUCAAAUCAGAAUCCAACCCUAAAAAAGAUCCACUCUUGCUAUGGCUAACGGGAGGGCCUGGUUGCUCAUCCUUCACGGGUGUGGCGUAUGAAGUAGGGCCAUUGGCUUUUGGUCAGAAGGCAUACAAUGGGAGCCUACCAAUUCUUGUUUCAACUCCAUAUUCCUGGACAAAGUUUGCGAGCAUACUUUUCUUGGAACAGCCUGUAAAUACUGGGUUCUCAUAUGCAACAACUUCAGCGGCAUCCAAGUGUACUGAUCUACAAGCGUGCGACCAGGUCUAUGAAUUUCUACUAAAGUGGUUCAAUAAUCAUCCAGAAUUCAUUUCCAACCCUUUCUAUGUUUCUGGGGACUCAUAUUCAGGCAUUACAGUUCCAGUUAUUGUUCAACUAAUAUCAGAUGGAAUUGAAGCAGGCAAAAAGCCACUAAUCAACCUUAAGGGUUAUUCACUUGGCAAUCCGCUAACAUUUCCUGAAGAAAGCAAUUACCAAAUUCCUUUCUGUCAUGGUAUGGGACUAAUAUCUAAUGAACUUUAUGAGUCACUGAAGGAGACUUGCAAAGGCGAUUGCCGAAACAUUGAUCCUACCAAUAAACUAUGUUUAGAAAACUUUAAAAUGUUCAAGAAGCUUGUAAGCAGUAUAAAUGAUCAGCAAAUACUAGAGCCUUUUUGUGGAACGGACUCAGAAUCGCCAAACCCACGCCAAUUGUCUGGUGAAAGGAGAUCUCUUGAAGAGGAUUUUAUCUUUCUAAAACAUGAUGACUUCAUUUGUCGAGAAAGUCGUGUUGCGACACGCAAGCUCUCCAAUCAUUGGGCAAAUGACCCUAGUGUUCAAGAGGCUCUCCAUGUUAGAAAGGGAACUAUAAGAAGAGCGUGGGCGAGAUGUAGGCAAAGUAUUAUGGGUACAACUUAUAGAGUUACUUUCAUGAAUAGUAUACCUUACCAUGUUAACCUUAGUUCCAAAGGUUAUCGAUCACUCAUAUACAGUGGUGAUCAUGACAUGGUUGUUCCUUUCCAAUCGACGCAAGCAUGGAUAAAGUAUCUAAAUUAUUCUAUCAUUGAUGAUUGGCGCCCUUGGACAAUUGAUGGUCAAGUUGCAGGUUACACAAGAUCUUUCUCUAAUCAUAUGACAUAUGCAACAGUAAAGGGAGGAGGGCACACAGCUCCUGAGUACAAACGUGAAGAGAGCUUUCAUAUGUUUAAAAGAUGGAUAGCUCAGCAACCUUUGUAAACUUUUAAAUUAACUUCACAUUUACUUCUUUGAAUUACUACGAAAAUAUUACUACAUAUCAGAAACUGGAUAUUGAAUUGCAGCAAUGUGGUAAUGAUACUCUGAAGCUACAGUUAAUUGGAAUUCAAACGAUUUCAUCUUCUUGGGAUC